AUGGCGAGUGCAUCCCCGCAGGUGCGGGCCAGCGCGUCGCCCACCCAGAGCUUGCUACCUCUUGACAAGGUCUUCUCCAUCCAGAUUGGAACGGAGCUGUUCCGGUUGUCGGGAGCUUCAGUCGCCUCCGAUGCCCCGUCGUACUUCUCCAAGUUCUUCGAAGAGCAAUUAUGUCAGAGCAGCGAUGGCUCCAAUAUCCGGACGUUAUACAUCGAUCGUGAUCCCGCCACCUUUCAGCAGAUCGCCCGACACUUGCAAGGUUACCAUGUUCAACCCAGGGAUGGGUCCGAGUAUGUCAAGCUGUUCGCCGACGCUCAAUUCUACAGCUUACCACGGCUGAUUUCGCAACUGUUCGAAUCCGAGAUUUUCAUCCAAAUCGGCGACCGAAAUUUCCAGAUUCCCCGCGACCUCUUUAAUGGCCAGGGCGACUCCCCCAACUUCUUUUCCCUCGGGUUCGCGGCCUUCUUUGCCUCAAAAAAUCAGAUCUUUCCGGGAUUAGACCGUCAUGGCCUCCUCCGACCCCCCGCGAUCACCCCCACCAGCGUGCCCAGCCGGUCGGGUGAGGUCUUCGCCCAGAUCCUACACCUUCUGCGCGGGUACCCGCUCCACAUCAAGAAUCGAGAGCACCGCGAGGAACUCCUGCGGGAUUGCACAUACUAUCAUUUGCGCGGCUUGGAACAAAGGCUCAUACCCCACGACAUCAGCUUCAAUCCCUUCCUCCGGUCGUCCGAAAUCGUCAUUGGCCUCGACCACGUACGCCGCUCAGGCCUGCAGGUCCCACCACUGUCCAGUGGAGGUGGCUGGGUGACAUAUUCGCGGCCGUACACGGACGACAAAACACAUGACCUGAUUCUGGAGAUUGGCGGUCAAAGCACGGUCGUAGAUCUCCAUCUGAUGAACGCCUGGUUUUUCAAUACGGCCAAGAUGCGUGUCGCCACGUUGCUACGGGUCGUGGCAGAUCAGCUACGGGAGCAAACUCAAGGCACGGGCCAAAGGGGCGGUGCAAGCAGCGAGACAUCCCCUCAUGACCGUGGGGUCCGCGUCCGCCUCGACCCGGGCAUAGAUCUGACUAUCAACGGGCAAGCGGUCCCCCUCGCCGAUGUCUGGACUAGCCCCGACCAAGAGAACCCUGCUAAGCGCAGGCGCACUGAAGAGGGAGCUGCCACCCGUUCUCCAUCUAUCUGGCAUGUCUCCAAGGGACAGUGGCGUCUUCAUGUGCAGCGGGGUGCUCCCCAGAGUGAGCCGGAGUUUCUUUUGGUCGCGGUCAAGUUGGACGUUUAUAGCGAGGAAAGGAUGCGAAAUCGAGCUCGACCAUUUCUUGGGCCUUGA